AGCUCCCUCACUUACAGCAGCUCCUACAGCUUCACAUACUUCACAUACUUUACAAGCAACUGUCAAAACCUUUGGAAAUAUCCAAGAAAUCAUCUCAAUAUGUGCAGAGGACUGGAAUCACUGCCUAUCACCUGCCUGGAGAGGGCAAAGGAGCUGAAAGCUUUGUUUGGAAGUUUACUACAAAAGUCAGAUCACGGCAUCACUGGCCAGUGGAAGAAGAAUGACAAACUGAGGUUAAAUAUCGACGAGCCUUUAAAAUGGAGGGAGUCGUUUGAGAAACUGUUGUCCAGUCAAAAUGGACUGUGCCUGUUCAGAGCGUUCCUGGUCUCAGAGUUCAGUGAGGAAAACAUCGCCUUUUACUUGGCUUGCGAGGACUACCGGGCAACGAAACCUUCAAAACUGGCAACCAAAGCCAACAACAUUUACGACCAGUUCAUCGUCUCUGAUGCACCACGAGAGGUAAAUAUUGACCAUGUGACCAAAGCCGUCACAGAGGAGAACCUGGAGCAUCCCAGCCAGUCAUGUUUCAAUCUGGCCCAAGCCAAAAUCUACACCCUAAUGGAGAAAGACUGUUACCCUCGCUUCCUCAAGUCCUCCACAUACCUGGAGCUCAGCAGAAAGGCAAAGACAUGCUAAUAAACUUUAUUUAAAAAAAACCCUGUACUGGAAAUAAGCUUACUGACGCACAGUGGAGACUGGAAAAGUUCACACGGAACAAAUACCUCAGUCCACAGAGUUUCACGGCAGGUUGUGGAGUUAUUUUGGGGACCGGAGGUUUAGCGUCCGAGAUGGAAGCUGAAGGACACGUGAGGCUGUGAGAAGACACAGACGAAACUGCAGGCGAUGUCUGCCUCUGGAAGAGACACCUGCACAUCUGUACGUACAGGGCUGCUUGGACGGCAGCCGCAGGGACAUAAAUGAUAAAAUGCAGAUGGACAGAAAUGAGUUGCUUUCACACAAACGCUCCACGGCUGUCUGGGAGAUACUCAACAGCAUUAGUAUUUAUUUAUUUAUUUCCUAUUUAUUUAAAGUAUUUAUAUUAUGUGGUGUAAACUGAUCUGUAUUUCAUAUGUUAGCUUUUUUUUUAUCUGAAGUACUGUUUGUAAAAAUGAGUGCAUCAAAUAAAAGAUUGCCAAUUUC